AUGAGCUAUAAUCUAGGAACAAGGUGCUUCGGUAAACGCUACCUAAAUAACUCGUUCAAUUAUGUUAUACUACUAACAUCGACUAACAAUUUUAACAUUGAUUUUAUAAAGCAUGAUCUUUCAACGAUUUUAGCCUAUUAUCGUAGGUUUAUAUCGUAUGGUAGUAUUCAUGUCUGUAGAAGAAUGCCUCACAUGUUACCAGUGUUCCAGAGAGUGUUUAACCAUUAUGGAGAUAAAGAAAGCUUCUUUAUCAACGAAGAAGAGUUCAAUGGUCGUUAUUACCAAGCAACAUGUAACUUACAGGCCUAUUCAGCCAGCAUCAACCCUUAUCAUUUCUUCAUGACGAAUCUCUCGAAAACUUUGGAUGGUUUCAAACUUCUCAAGUAUUUAAAUAAGAAAGCUCCGGAUCCUCUAUUUACUGGUAUGUUUCCACUUCAUGCUUGUCUAAAUCAUGAUUGUGAUCAUAAUAUAGAAGUUCGGGAUGGCUUUAUGGAUGAUCUCGUAGGUUUGCCCGGGGUCAUGAUGGUUGCCUGUCGAGACAUAAAAAAGGGCACCGAACUCAUGACGACUUACAUCAAUCCACAAAUGCCACGAAAUUUGAGACGUUCGUGGCUUUAUAAAUCUUUUAAUUUCUGGUGUCAAUGUAAUAAAUGUAAAUUUGAGGGAGAUGAUAAUACAUUCUGUACAAAUUGUCAGAAAGAGUCCCAAACGCCAAAUGGUUUCAAGGCAUGUGGAAAGUGCAAGAAAGCUUUCUACUGCUCGACCAAAUGUCAGAAAAUUUCUUGGCAGAAGGGACACAAGUCCAUUUGUAUCAAAUAUGACGAAGCAGAAGCAUCACAUAUAUUAGAAAUGAAUAAUAAACUUAGAAAAGUUUAA